GUCGGAUCGGAUGCACCAUCCUAGCAGCUGCAGCAGCUCCACCGUCAGAUGCAAAGGGCUCCUAGGAACCGUCACAGGUCGCUUAGUUUAGGGGUCCUCGUUUUUCCGUUCGUUUCUCUGUUCGUUUUUCCGAGGACAGACGUGACGAUCGUCUGAACCGGAGUCCUUGAGAUCUCACUACUCGCACUGGCUUCUCUGACGGGAGCUCGCUGAUUUCGCUAGGAACUAUCCUAGCUGUUCGCUGCUAGGACCUAUCCUAGCGAAAACGGCUCAUCUGUAGCAAAACAGCUUGUGAAUCUUCGUGGCGCUUCAGCCUUAUUGAGCCAAUUAUCUCUUACGAAAUUCCGAAAUUGACUUUUACUCCAGGCUUUGAAUUGCCGGGUUCCUUCAACUGCCCGUUACGGAGCUGCGCUGCUGGAGCGAAAAGGGCCUGCUUUUCGUUAAGAUCCGUCUACUGGCGCUAACCGUUAAAGCCUUAAGGCGCCUCGAAGAACGCUGCCCGUCUACAGGCGCUACCCGUUUCGAGCGCUCCAUCUAGCGGCGGUACCCGUUUGAGCUGCAAGGUGCAUUGAAGAGCGCCACGCAAUAGCGUGGAUGACGUGGAUCGUGGAUUCGUUGGUCGGCCUGCCGACACCGCUGCUGGCGCUACUGGGAUGCGCGCUCGUCGCUCUCCUCUGGAUCCUAGUCCUCGUUGCCUCACGGCUCGUUCUGUUGGACGUGGGAAUCAGUGGCUCGGAGCGCGAGGCACUGUUCAUGGAGGACCCCAACUCCAUUGACAAGGUGCCUCUGCCUUCGGUGUAUGCACCGGCGGAGAAGUACUUGACUGUAGUGUGCCCUGCUUAUAACGAGGAGGGCAGAAUCGCCGCCACGCUUGAUGAAACCAUCAGCUAUCUGCAGGAAAGGUCAGCAAAGGACGCUUCUUUCACCUACGAGGUCCUAGUGGUGGACGACGGCAGCACUGACAACACGGUGGCAGUGGUAUUUGACUUUAUCAAGCGCCUUGGGAUUGACCGAGUGCGAGUGGUGAAGCAGAGGGUGAACCGAGGAAAAGGGGCGGCUGUCAGGAAGGGCGCGCUCUGCUCUCGGGGCGAGCUCAUUCUCUUUGCAGAUGCGGAUGGCGCAACGCGGUUUACCGAUCUAGAGAAGUUGGAGAGAGAGAUCGUGGGCAUGGCUAAGGGAGUGGCUACAGACAGCCAAUCACCGAUUGCCGCGUGUCCUGGCAUUGGGGAUGCCUCAUUGGUGGCCUUUGGUUCGCGUGCCCAUCUUCAGAAGAAAGCGCUUGUUACUCGCAAGUGGUACAGAAAUGUCCUCAUGUACGGCUUCUACUUCGCAGUGCUCCUUGCAACAGGGGGGACGGGAGUGAGGGACACACAGUGUGGCUUCAAAAUGUUCACUCGCUCAGCUGCCCGAAAACUCUUUCGCAAUCAGAGGCUCAACAGAUGGACCUUUGAUGUGGAGUUACUGUACCUGUGCAAGAAGCUGCAUAUCAGAGUGGCGGAGGUUGCAGUCGCCUGGACAGAAAUCCCAGGGUCCAAGCUCCGGCCUACUAGCAUAUUCCAUAUGCUCUUUGAGCUUGCCCUGAUUCGCACUGGUUAUGGCCUGGGCGUUUGGAAGAUUAAGCAGGACUUAUUCAACUAGUGUAGGUUUGAAAACAGCUGUUUUCGGGUCGGGUGAGUAAGCUGAAAAAUAAAAGAUAACAUUGUGUAUGAUUACAAAUAUCUACAUGAACU